AACACUACUAGGGUGGGGGUUGUGGUGGUGGAAUUAUUUUCGAUUUGCUCUACCGGUUACUUUCCAGCGUUUGAGAGGCAGAACCACGAUGAAGCUUCCUCCUGGCCACAUGGGGAUUCCAUUUUUCGGAGAAAUGCUUCAUUUUCUUUGGUAUUUUAAGGUUAUUCUUCGGCCUGAUGACUUCAUUAACAAUAAAAGAGACAAAUAUGGUGAUGGAGAAGGAUUAUACAAGAGCCAUCUCUUUGGUUCACCCUCUAUAAUUGCAUCCUCUCCAUCAGCUAACAAAUUCAUCCUUCAAUCGGAUGCAAACUUUGGCAUGGGAUGGCCUGCCACUCAAAUUAUAGGCAACAAUUCCCUCCUUUUCCUUCAAGGAUCAUCACAUGCAAGGAUUAGAGGCUUAGUUGUGAAGAUCAUUAAUCAACCUGAUGCUCUCCGCAAGAUAGCCAUUAUGGUCCAACCAAGAAUAGUUGCAGCCCUUCGACUAUGGUCAGAGAAAGGGAGAAUUGUAGCAUUGCAAGAAGCUAAGAAGGUUACUUUUGAAAAUAUUGGGAAGUACUUUUGCGGGUUCGAGCCAGGACCCCAUUUGGAUACACUUGAUCAACUAUUUGUGGGUAUGAUCAAAGGAGUUAGAAGUCAACCAAUUAAAAUUCCAGGGACUGCUUAUCAUCACGCCCUCCAGUGUCGGAAGAAAGUCAUGACAAUUUUGACCAAGGAGAUAAAUAAGAGAAAGUUUGAAGGCAAUGCUGCAAGAGCUGAGUUUGAUUUGUUGGACCAACUCUUGAACCUAAAAGAUGACGAUGGUCACCAAUUACAAGAUGAAGAGGUGCUUGAUAACAUUGUGGGCCUAAUAAUUGCUGGCUACGAAUCCACUUCACUUUCAAUUAUGUGGAUUUUGUAUUAUCUCGCCAAGUACCCUAAUGUACUCAAAAAGCUACGGGAGGAGCACAUAAAUGUUGGUACAAAUGGUGAUUUCAUUACACGUGAUGGCAUUCUGAAAUUGCAGUACACAAACAAGGUUGUGGAAGAAACAAUAAGACUAGCCAAUGUAUCAGCAUUUGUUUUCAGGACAGCUAAGAGGGAUGUUGAGUACAGAGGAUACAAAAUACCUAAAGGAUGGAAAGUAAUCUGCUGGCUACGAUACAUUCAUACAGAUCCAAAAAAUUUUGAAGAUCCAUUGUGUUUCAAUCCAGAUAGAUGGAACGAACAACCAAAGCCUGGGACAUUCUUGGUCUUCGGUGGGGGUUCAAAGAUUUGUCCAGGAAAUAUGCUUGCUCGAAUGCAGGUUGCUAUUUUUAUCCACCAUCUGGUUGUAGGAUACAGGUGGGAACUAGUCAAUGAAGAUGCAGAAAUGAGUUAUCUCCCACAUCCAAGACCAAUUGAUGGGGUUGAGAUUAACAUAAGCAGAACCUAAUAGCAAAAGAAGCCCGUUGUUCUAUUUUGUGCUUCAUGAUCUUGUUUGGAGUUUUCAGCCUUAAUAAGUCUCUUUUAAGAAGUCAUCACGUUUGCAGGCCCUUUUCUUCUUCUUUCUUUUUUCUUUUUCGGUACAUUUUCUGUUGAUCUAGCAAAAUCAUAGU